GAUCAGGAGGAGGGAGAAAGGGAGGAGGUGAACCUUCAGCUGCAGCUCUAAAACUCUCUGACAGUCUUUGUAAGAAAAGCGCUUAGUGAGAAGGAAAACCUAAACAACAACCUUCAGGUCUUUUGGUCUUUGGGGCUUUAAGGAUUAAAGGAAAAGGAAGCAUGGCCUCUCUGAAAACUGCUCUGUAUGUGGGAGCCUGUAUGACUGCUUGGAUGAUCACUACGGCAAAAAUGGAUAUCAUACCCAAAGCUGAGAAUGUACACUGGCAGUCUGUGGAUUUUAAAACCAUACUUAUCUGGACUGCCACACCAUCUGACUAUACUUACACUGUCCUGUACUCAGAGGAUGGAGGUAAUUGGGAUACAAAUCCUGACUGCAUUCAAAUAUCUGAUUCAGAAUGUGAUAUGACUAACUCCUUAAAGCCCUUCGACAGACUCAUAUUUGAUAGGACCUACACUGCUGACAUCCAAACAGAACCUGCUGGGAUCAACUACGACUCUGACCACGAUGAGUUCCCUCACACCUAUUCACCACCCUUCAACCCAUACAGACAGAGCGAGAUCAGUGCUGUGAAUUUUACUGUGGAGUCCGUGGAGGAAACUGCUGUCAGUAUCAACAUCAUCGAUCCUCUGACCAGUAUUCAUGAACAUACAAAGCAGCUCAGCAUCCGAGACAUUCUCAAAAAGGACCUCAAGUAUAAAAUUAUGUACUACAAGUCUGGCAGCACAGGCAAGAGGGAUGUCACAUCAAACUCCAGUACGGCUAAGAUAUCAAAUCUGGAUGCAGGACAGAGUUACUGCUUCAUGGUAGCAGCCUUUAUCCCUUCCAGAGCCAAAGCCCACAAGCAGGGGGAGUGGAGCAGCCAGAUAUGCACACCUGGACACAAGUCUCCACUUGGAGAGUUGAGUCUUGGUGCAUUGGUUGGUGGAAUCUUCAUCCUGAUUGUGGUCCUCAUCAUCAUUGUUACAGUGGCCGUCCUCUGCUGCAAAUGCUGCAGACAAAAAAAAACUAUCCAACAAUCAUCUCACUCUACUGUUGUUUAGUCUGUAUUUGCAUUCAUGUUUGUGAGAGUGCGUGUGUGUGUAGGAAGCUGGUCUUCCAUUAUUUUUCUAUUUUUUUUAGUUUAGAUUUGUUCUUCUUUUAAAUCAGCCUUUUCAUUGUAUUCUCUAAGGACCACUUAGGUUAAACUAGGCUUGCAGGCAGGUAUCAAUGGGUCCUACCACCAAGGGCAGAAAGAAUUCAGAGCAUCACCAUAGAGGGCUUUGAUUGAUGACUGAACAUGUUUGUAUGGGUUUCUGUGUGUAGUGACCAGGGCUGUGACCCUGACUAACUGUUCUACUUUACUUCAGCCACACCAAUUUGUGAAAGGGACCAAAAUGACUUGUGUUUACAAACCCAUUUGAUUACCUCUUGUGGAUAAGAUAAGAUAAGAUAAGAUAAGAUAAGACUUUAUUUAUCCUACUGUGGAGAAAUUUCACAGUUAACAACAGCAAUAUUCAUUCAUGCAUUAAUUCAUUCAUCUUGUGAACCGCCUUAUCCUCACUAGGGUAGCGGGGGGUGCUGGAGCCUAUCCCAGCUACCUAUGGGCAAGGGGUGAGGUACACUUUGGACAAGUUGCUAGUUCAUCACAGGGCUGACAUGUAGAGACAAACAACCAAUCACUCUCACAUUCACACAUAUGGGCAAUUUUAGAUUGACCUAUUAACUUAUCAGCAGCAACAUACAACAAGCAAUUGCAGAGAAAAAGACAGGUAGAAAAACCACAAAUGAGUGAAAAUUAAUAUAUAAAGAGGAAAAAAAAGGGUGUGGAUGUGUGAGUACAAAUUAAAAAUAACGUCACAUUGGUCAUGGCAUCAGUAAAUACUGACAAACCUGAGUGGAGGUAGACAAUUAUGGUGUAACAACAAAAAUCUGUGGACAUACACAGAGACAUUUACAGCAGACCUGUGUUUAUUUCCCAUCAUCACUUAUCUGACAUUCCCUGAUUAUUUUUUCAUAACCCUAUCCCAGCUGUUUUGUGCCUUAACCUAUCUAUCUAUCUAUCUAUCUAUCUAUCUAUCUAUCUAUCUAUCUAUCUAUCUAUCUAUCUAUCUAUCUAUCUAUCUAUCUAUCUAUCUAUCUAUCUAUCUUGUGUAUGUCUGCAAAUUGUGUGCAUGUGUAUUGUUUUUCAGAGUGAUUGGCGUUUGACCUUUGGAUGUAUUGUUUAGUUACCCCUUUUUAAAAUUUCUUUCAUUAUUGAUAACUACUCAGUGCAUCUUACAACAACAUGUAGUCAAAUGACAUGACAUGGUAUGAAAUACUACGACACAGUGUUUCACUUGUCAGAAUUUUAGCUUCACUUGUACCAGAGUUAUUGUGUUAAAGUGAGUUUUACAUUAAGUGUGACAUUUAAUAUUAAUGGAUUUGAUUAAUAUAGUGCUUUUCUAGGAACUCAACAUGCUUUACACUGAAUCCACUAUUCAUUCACUCUCACAUUCACACACUGGUGGUGGUAAACUACUUCCGUAGCUACAGCUGCCCUGGGCCAGACUGACAGAGACAUGGCUGCCAAUCUACGCCAGUUGCCUCUCCAGCCACCACCAAACAUUCAUUAACAGUCAUACACUGGUGUGAGUGACACUGGAGGCAAGGUGGGUGAAGCGUUUUGCUCAAGGACACACUGACACAUGACUGGGAGAGAGCAGGAUUUGAACCACCACCUAUUCCAUCCCUUUUCACGCUGUUAAAAAAUUGUGUUUUUCUUUUAGCUCUGCUCUCUGGCUUUGACUGUAGAAGAAAUCAUUGUUAUCACUGAAAGUUUUAUUUGAACAAGGUCUAAUGGUGAUGGUAUUGUUAAAAUUUCUAAACUGAACAUGCAAAAUAAAAACAACAAAUGUGUUGGACAAUAGA